UAUAAUUUGAGAAAAGUAAAAGUGUUGUUGAUAACAGACGGUUCUUAGUUGAAAGACAAAUAGUGUAAGAUUUCAAACUGACAUAUGGAACCUUCAGAAUGGAAGAGACCGUCAGAUGUUAUGAAAAUUCACAGAAGACGGAAAUCUGUGUCACAGAAACGCAUCACAUCAGACCCAGACAAACGUACCAGUAUUAUCUACAAAUCACCUUCAAAAUCUGUGAAAAGAAAGAACCCUUUUCACCAGGAUAGCCCACAUCCAUUUCCUUCAAAAAGACAACAUGUUGACUUCAAAGAAAAUAAAGAACAGGGACAAGAUCCCUUGAAUUGCCAGUUGUUCACAUUACUUGAUACAGCAAAUGGGGAAUUAGAGGACAACAAAUGUAAUAAACAGCGAGUACAAAGUGCAGCAGAGAUUCUGAAAGAGCAGCAAUAUAAUAAGAUUCAGAAACAGUCAACUGCUAAACAUGAAACAGCAAAACCUGUGAAUAAGCAAGAUGUAUUACCAGAUGACAAAAAUACCAAAGAGAAUGAGGUGUCACCAUUCUUGCCUGUGGAUUGGUCCUUGAAGACCAAACUAAGAGUCGUGUCAAGUCGACCUUUACAUUGGUGCACUCAGUUGAAAUCAGCAGACGAAGCAUUUGGAACCGAACAUUUUGUAAGGAAUACGGACAUAUCAGUUGAUUCAUCUGUUAAUGAUAAAAGACAAUUUCAUAGCUGUUGUAUGUAUUGGAUACAUCCUAAUAUACCCUGGAUGAAACUCUUUCCUAGAAUUGUGGAUGAUGGGAAAUCUAGUUUACAAGCCUCAUAUCUCCUACAGGAAGAUGUUCAAAAAAGCUUACAGGCAGACUGGGAACAAAGUUUUACGUCUGCCUACCAUCAUUUGAGAUCUGGACUGUGUCCUUAUUUCUACCUAUGCACCCAUCAGUUUACAGUGCUGUUUUACAAUAGAUCAGAGACGCAGUCUGGUAUUGUAGCUAUGGUGACACCCACAACAAGGGGAUUCAGAGAACUGCUUGAAAAUGAAGGAAUUGAAUUCAAGCUUCCAGUGGGGAACAAGUCACAGAGUCCCGAUGGAAAACAGACUGUACCCAAGUCUUUAGAUACAAUUGAAGAAAAUGCAGAUAAUCAUGAAGACAUUGAUGACGACCCUGAUGAUAUACUAGAUGCUGAUGAUGCUGCACAUGGCUGGCUUGAGAGUAUGGGACUCGAUAAAAAACAGUUUCCCUCCCUCGAUCCAAACAAGGUUAAACUCCAGCGUGAAGGUUUCCGAGUGAUUGAUCACAGGCCUGAGUCACUAGUAAUGGUGGAAGGAUCAGACGUACAGGCGCUUUUUAACUUUCUGCUCAACUGUCGUACUUGUGUGGCCAUGAGUGGAACACAAGCAGGACUUCCCCCAACAAUACUUAGCCCAGCACCUUUCAAAGGAGCAACACUGAAGUCUCACAAGGUGAAGCACACUGCAGUCAAACAAAGUGACAGGGAUGGUAAUAUAACUCAGGCACAUAUAGUCGAGGUGGCUGGUCCAAUCCUACCUCAGCAUUGCCAGAGACUCGUAUCACUCCUGCAUCGAACACAGAGUGCUGACUAUGGAAUGGUGUUUAACAACCAUGACGUCACAAUCCCGUUCAAUGUUCUCAGUAAACUUGGUGAUCAAAAUGCUAAGACUAAGAAAGAUGUUGGUGAAACAAGCACACUUCUAGAGCAAAUAGAUGAAGAAAGCUCUGACUCAAAGACUGAAAACUGUGAUAAUUCUGCGAAAAGAGAUACAGGAAAUUUCCAUAAACUUAUUCCCAUUGACGGGGACCGUAUUUGUGCUGUUAAAGAGAUAGUGUGUACGUUAGAAGGAUUUACUUGGACAAGUUAAUAUUUUGGAAAGUUUAAAAACAUGAAUGUUAUUUUCAUUUAUAUUGUUUAUUGAUGAUUUUACAAAAUAAUAUAUUAAUUUUUGUAAAGCUUUUCCCUUGUAUAAUGUUGCCCUUGUAUAAUGUUGGAAUUGUUAAAAUUUAGAUAAAUAACAAUUCAUGAAACAUAAGGAAA